UUUGAAUAUUAUCAGCAACCCUAGCUCAAUAAAUUCCAGCAAUAAAUUACAACAGCUGCGUCCUCCGGUCGACACCACUUACCUUCGCCGCUUUGAAACCUGGAAACAUGUCUGGCGGGGAUGUGCCGACUAAGCUAAAGGUCCUCAGCAAUGUCCAAUAUCAACAAAUUUGCCAAUUCAUCAGCCGCUACCGUGGCCUGGCUAUCGACUGUGAGUACGAGCUGAGGAACCGCAUCUUCCAGGACGUGGAUCCCAUGGCACUCACUUGCAUCCUGCAGUCGGAAGUCUUCAAUAAAACACGCGGCCAGCACUCGAAGAACGACCAGCGGGCCAAGAAGCUUCUGAAAGCGUAUGAAUCACAGAAGGACCUGUACGACGACGCCCUGCUCAUCCGGAUGUCCUGUGUGGAGUGUAUAAAUCCGGUGGCUCUCUGCCGGAUGCUGUUGCAGGAGAAGUAUAAACUACGACACCGGUCGCACGUAUCCCGGCUACUGAAGAACCCGCAUCUCAUCGAUGAACACCACUUGGCGGCUUGUGUGCAGCAGUGCGUAGUCAGCGACAACCAGGAGGGGCCCAUCACGGACCUGCGACGGCGGCUCAUCGGAGAGGAAUACGAAAUGAAGCUUAAGACAAUGGCCAAGGAGGCAGGCAUCCACUUCUACGACGAGCGGGACCUACGACGCAUGGGGUUUGACAAGACCCCUGACAUUAAGAUGAUACUACCCUUCCUCUACAAGGGAGAGGUGAUCAACUGGAUCGAGAGCAAGGCCAACUUCGGGGACACCAAAGGACACAAGUUCAACAUUCAGCAGCAACUGCAAAGCUACUGCAAUCGUUUCGGGCCUGGUAUCAUCAUCUACUGGUUUGGAUACCACGAAGAGACGCCUCUCAUGCCAGAAAAUAAAAUUGGAAUUACAGUGCUCCCAGACUUUCCGGCCAAAGAAGAUUUGGUCUUCAUGCAACUGGACUCAGGAGAGGCCGUCCCAGCGGGGGCGCCCAAGGAAACUAGCAGUCCUUUAAAUGAGUCCUCCAAAUGAGGAAUCUGUGACUUCCACAGGGUAUAUCUAGACUAAUUAUACACUAGCCGUCAAAUCGUACAAACUAAAUGGUGUAGAAUCACAAACCUUUGACAGGAAUGCUUUGCAUUUAAACAUUAGCUUUAGGGGAAAAGAAAUAUGACAAUGCUGUUGCAGCAAGGACGACUAUUUUAACAAAUUUUUUCUCUUUUUAUUGAUUUUAUAAAUUCUCAUUUACAUGAUUUACUCAUUUAUAGUACAAAAACGUCGCAUUUCUCCCAUUUUCUGGUAUAAAUUGUAUAAAACUAUAAAAUAUUGUAAUAAUCGUUGUUCCAUAAACAAAAUCAAAAAAAGAAACGGAGCAUAUUGUGAUUAUUAUUACGGCUCAAGUUACUGGUGUUUUUUGCAGAGGGGGGGAACUUUUUCUUUUUGGUUAAAAUUAAAACAAAUACAAACGUAAAUAGGUUGCUAUGUGGUAGGAAUUUUCCUUGUAUUGUAGCCAUUCAG